UUAGCCCACCGCGGUGUUAUAGUCGCGGUUGAGUCCCGUGUUUUUGCUGUUGUUUUGUUUUUUUGUCCGUCUGUUUCGGAAACUUAACCAGCGAUUCGUGUUGUGACAUGUGACGCUACAUUUUCUAACAAGUGGAUAACGAGAAGAAGCGAACGGAUCAAGGAAGGAAUGUUUAAAAUUUGAGAAGUACCACCCAUCCAUUAUCCAAACCACUUAUCCUGCUGCCAGGGUCGCGGGGAUGCUGGAGCCUAUUCCAGCAGUCAUUGGGCGACAGGCAGGGGGACACCCUGGACAGGCCGCCAGUGGUGAAACGUAUUUCCCACUGAAAGCCUAGUACUUGGAGACACCACCACAUUGAGCCAAAUCAUCUAUCAUCAGUCAUACCACAUCUUAAGUCUAAGAAUGAGGCAUUAGAAAUACGAAGUUCAGAUGUUGGGACAUAGUAGAGACUGUCAUACAUGCAGGUGUAAUGAGAGCACUGGUCAUGGACAGAUGAUGGACGUGGAGACGUCAUACUCAGACUUCAUCAACUGUGAUCGCACAGGUCGCAGAAACGCCGUGCCCGACAUCAAGGGGGACGGGACAGCGGUGGCCAGCACAAGUGAACUAACCAAAGACAUGGCAGGGAUGGACCUGAAAACUACAGAAGGGAACCCUGGGACCUCACCACCCCCUGAAGGGGAGGGCUCGGCCAGCCAAGCCCAGGGAAACGGAGAAACGUCCUAAACGCCUCUGGAGACUGGAGGAGGAGAGUAACAGAGGGAGUGAAAAUGAGAGAGGAGAAUGAGCGGAGAGAUGGAGAGAGGAGGAAUCUUAUUGGGUGUCCUAAAUGGACAUACUCUUUCUUCACACAGCCCCGUCCUCUUGCUUAGAGGACUUCCUCCCUCACUGCCUGUCUGUGUGUUUGGAGCGCCCCCCAACUCUGUUUAUCAGAUAGGAUGGGAAUGUGGAGAAAGAAGAGAAUGGAUUAGAAGUUACUGUGGAGCUGCUUCUCUUUGUCUGGUAGUGAUUUGUAUUCCCGACAGGAUGAAAAAGCACAUAAAAUGCAGAUUCACUACCCCCAAUACCGACUGAGAUGAACACUACAUAUUUAUAACAACUCUCGAAACGUUGUUCCAGCCUAAUAUGGAACUCCCAUCAAGGAGAGCAUUACCUGCAUAUUCAUAAUCAUCAGUCACUCAUUUUCUUUGACGUGUUUGUGACAUUCUAGUUCCUUUUCAUAUUUUAGUCUUGCCAUAACCAACAUAGUUGCAGUUAUAAUGUGCUUUACCAAGGUCAUAUUUAUUGCAAAAUGUUCAGUGAUAACUUUGUAAUAGGAAUUGUCUUUGUGUAAUAAAAUACUAA